AUGUGAACUUUCAACAAGCAUGUCCUACUUAUCAUUCUUCUCCUUUUCUCGAGUCGCUUCAGCAUCAUCAAGAAUUUUGUAAAGGAAGGCUCUUUCAGUGUCCUUCCAGCUGGUUAGAGAUCAUGGAUGUAGUUGACUGAACCAGCUGAAUGCAUCCCCAUAGAUAAAUAGGGGAAGAUCUUGCAGAGCAUGUGGUAUUCAGACACUUCAUUCUGCUCACUCCUUGACACGAGAUCCUCAAGCUCUUCGAUGUGGUUUUUGGGAUCUUGGUGAAGAAGACCCUCGAAGGGGUCUUGACUUACCCAAUCAUACCACGCUCGGCUCAGGUCAAAGUCAUUCAUCUCAGCAGCAACAAUCAAAUCAGAGAUCACAUCACCCUGAGCAUUAAUCAAUUGUCAUGCGUUGUUGCGAGUGCGACCUUCUUCGUCUCUUAACAUCUCAUUCUCGUCGACUUUAAGUAUGAGCACUUCGAUCAUCUCUGUCACCCCGCAGAUGGUGUUGUAUUUCACCGGAUGAAUAGUGCCCAGAUGAACAGUAACCUUAUGUUUAUCACUAUUAGUAGUAGAAUGAAGUUAGUUUUUCUGUAGUCCGAUUAAAAAAUACUCAUGUACCAAAUAUAGUUGUUAAAUUUAAUAUUUAAUAUAAUUUUAAGAUUAGAAAACUAUGAACGUAAGUUUUGGAAUUUUCACAUCUAUGAAAAAUUGUUAUAGUUAAAAGCCUGAUUUUUCAAAAUCUGAAAGAUUUAGUAACUUUUAUUUUUUUAGCACUAUAAAACAUUUUUUUGAUUAACUUGGAGAUAUUUCGAAUUUAUGGAGAGAACAGACUAAUCUUAAAGAGUGGUGUACCAUGGAUAUACUCUUUCUCCGAGUAUUCGGAUAGACCGAAAACAAAGACUCAUAUCCAUGUGGAUGUCCAGGAUAAUGUGAUUUAGUUCGUGCAUCAAGUGGAUUAAAACGUAUUUACUUCCCUAACUCUUUCUCUUUUCCUUUCCCUUACCACUCGGCCACAAAAUCGCGAAAUGAUACACUGUUAAAAUAAAUUACAGUUUUUUCUUUAAUUUUUGGAUCACAGUGGUUAUAGCCUAUCAGUUUCAUUGUUGAGCAGAGAAGUCAACCGCCACAAAGGUGAUGAAUAGUGUUGGUUUUGCUACGUAGAUUUACGUUAUGCCACUAAUUAAGAACACUUCGCAUUAGAUGGAACAAUAACAUCAAUAAAAUGAAAAAGAAAGAUUGUGAAACUACAAAAAGUUAUAAAUCAUUGUAUUCCGUUCGUUUAGUCGUACCAAUGAAAACUAGAGUAUGUUAUCUAGACUGUAUAAAUGUCAAGCAGGAUAUGAUCAAAGAAAACGAAUACGACGGAAACACAACAAAUAACCAAAAAAGAGAAGAAAAUAGUUGAUAAAGAUGGAAGUGGAGAAAGAGAGAAGGCAUGUGGAGAUCACAUGGUAUUACUCUGCGCAUUACUCUGCCCACCUCAAACUCCUAAUACAUUGGUCCUGUAAAUCAUACACAUUUACCCAUCUCUGGCUCCGCCAUUUUUAUCACCUAAUCAUUUGCCAAUUUGCAUCAUAUUUCAAAUUUUUAGAUUUUAAUAGUCGUUUGGUUAAUAAAAAUACAUUUCUUAUUGUUAACGUCAGCUUUUUUUUUUACAUUUAGACGAAGGAAAAUAACACAAAUCACAUUCAAAAUAUUUUUUUUCCCGAUAGUACGGAAUGGGAAACAGUGAUAGAAACUAAUAUUUUCUGUAUCAAAAACUUCAGAAUUUGUCGUUCAAACGAACAUACAUCACCAGUAACUAAACUGAGAUUAAGCAUUUAUAUAUUAUUAUAAGAGAAGUACUCAUUAAAAAAUACUCUUAAAUUUUCUAACUUAUUUACACUUUCAUGCCAUUGAGAAUUAAAUUAAACUAUCUAUUUUAAUACUUGUUUUUUCAGUUAAACUAAUGAGUUUUCCUUAAUCAAAUUUAAACUUAACGUCAUUAAAUAAACCUACAUAUUUUAAUGCUUGUCAUUUUCAGUUAAAUUAAUGAGUUUUCCUUAAUCAAAUUUAAACUUAAUGACAUUAAAUGAACCUAAAAAUACAUCAUAUUUAACGUAGCUUAUUACGGACGAGUACAGUUCAAUAAUAAACUUGAAUUUUAUUUUUACGAAAACGUGAAUCACUUGACGUAUGUAAUAUUUAAAAUAUAUUAACUACAAUAUAACAAAUGCAUAUAACCUUCCUAUACUUUAGUUUGAAAUGAUCAUGCUCAAGUUUUAUAUAGUCAACUUACAUCAUGCAUCGAUCGAUGUACAAUAUUCAAACCACCUAUAGUUUUCGUUUUACUUAUAGGAUGUAUCAACCAACCAAUCAUCCUAUUGAUUUUCUAAGCUUUAUAAAAAAACAAAUCAAUAAAUACAAACUCAAAAUCCAAUAUCUUCUAUUAAUCAAAACAGAAUAUCUCCAGUGUCGUAUCUUUAAUGUACCUAUUAAAUAUAGAAACUGUAAUCAUAAUUACACUAAUUAUAAGAAUAUAUAAGAUUACAACCAAUUGAUAUAUUACUUCGGUAAUUGAUUUGCUUGCAGAAAAAAAAACAAUAAAUUUAAAAUUUGUAAGAAUAUAAAGAUAUAGAGAUUCCAACCAAUUGCCUAUAUUUGUGUAUGAUUUUCGCAUAAUAAGCUUCAAAUUGAACAUUGAAAAAGAUAUAGAGAUUUUUUUAAUCUUUUACCGACAUAGAACUUAAACAAAAUGAAGAGUUAAAUGUAAUUUUUUUGUUCACUUCCCGGAAAAAAACGUUUACAACAUGGGCUUUCAUAAUAUGGUAUUUUAACAUAUUAAUGUUAUGGACAUUUAAUAAUUAUCUUGACGAAAAACAGAGACUAUAAAUAAUUUAUUAUUAAUAAAAUUAUGAAAUUAUUUAGAAUUUGAUGACUAAUUCAUCACCCUUUUUUAUAUGUUAAAUUUUUCAUAGAAGUUUAAAAAUCAUUGUAUUUUCUUUAAACAUGUAUAGUUAAUUUAUAAUCUUUUAUGCCAUACUAAGUCAUAAUAUAAUAUUUUUUCAUAUUUUACAUUAAUAACCAUAGUUUUUAUAUAUCGUCUAUAAUUCUCUAAUUACAUCUAUUUGUUAUAUUUCUUUAUAUGAUAUCGAAUAUUCGUCAUAAAUAGAUGGUUUAAGAUACCAAAAAAUUAUUUAUUUGGUAAAUAUAAUACAUCAAAUAUUACAAAUACAUCAUUUAGUUAAAUAAAUAACCAAAAAUCAAAAAUUCAUACACGCACUGGCGCACGGAUCAGGAUCUAAUAUCGAUUAAAUAUGAAGAACUUGAGUAUUCAGUUAGCCAAUGAACCAAAAAAACCUAUUAUACGUAAGACAAAAGACUUGCUUUUUCUUUCUUUGAGUUUUGUUCUUUUUCUAUUUAUCUUCAUUAGAUGACGAUUUGGCAUCUUUCUCCUUAAGUAGAUACUAACAUAUGCUGUUAUCAAAGUCACCCUUAACUCUAACACCAUUUAGUCUCCAGAGCUCUUGGAUGAAUCCAUAUAUUUUAGUUUUAGUAGAUAUUAAUUAAGCUAACAGUUUAGGCGGUAUUUUAAUACUAGUAAUUAAUUAUAUCGUGUCGGUGCGACGGUGUCUCUAGUCUCAAAUCUUCACAUGUCGAUUAUUUUUUGGUAUUGAUAUAUGAUUAUUCUAUGCAUAAGAUUGACUAACCACAUUUUUAUGUGUACAUGUGUCUGCAUUUGUGUGAGAGUUGGGUGCAUAGGAGAAAAAUAUCAAGAAGUAGCGCAAUGAUCGGUGAAGAAAAAGGAGAUUUGGGUAAAAACAUAAGUAGAAAGUGAGACCCCAUAGAAAGUUGAUGUAAGUGGUUUAUGUUUGUCGUCAGUACUCGAAACCGGAAAGGCAAAUUCUUGACUUUUACUCAUCAUUGUUCAUGUGUCAUGUGCGUAGUCAUAUCUACCACUCAAGCUUAAAAAAAUAUCUAGCAUAGUACCAUGGAAUAUAAAAAUAUCUACUAAUGGUUUACGGUCAGAAAUAGCGUUUAUGUUUCACCACAAACCAAUCAAGCCGAUCUUCAACAUAAGUAAUCAGCUCAAGAAACUUUUGUGUUAUUACUAAGCUUAAUUAUUAGAAGAACCAAUCUUGAUUUUGUCUAGUUUACUGCUUUGGUUAUCUACUUUGAAAUUACUUAGUUGUUUGUUUUUGAGUGAGAAAAGUCUAGCAGGUGAAGGUAGGAUAUAAUCUAACUCUUUACAACGUUUUUGUUUUGGUAAAACUCAUUACAACGUUUUUAUAGUUACAAAAUAGAAAGUGUGGAAUAUAAUUUAUACCUUAUAAUUAUGCUAAUAUUUUCUUCUUCUUUUUUUUAUGACAGAAGAUCAUGGAUUAAACAUUAACUAAUUCAUGAAUGGCUUAUUACAUUAUAGCUUAGAUCUUAUUACAUUAUGAAAAUAGUUUAUAUUUAUGACAGAAAAUCAUGAACAAAAACAUAAACUAACUUACGGUUCAUAUCAAUACCCAAACUACCCAUUUCGAAAACGACCAAACCUAAUUAAUGGAUUAUUAACUUUUACAAACCAUAAUUAAUUAAAACUACUCUAGUUCUUGGUUAUCUGUUCGAAAUGAAUGUUAAGGUGAGACAAAAUGUAAAAUUGUGUAAGUUUGUGAGCAAAGGAGAGAAAGAUCACGUGGGGAGGAUAAGAAAUCGAAUUGAUGGGUUUAUGGGAAUGCUCUUAACACGGAUCUUGCUUUUUUAACAACUCUCUCUCUCCAAUAUUAUUUACUUAUUUUUUAGCAACAUAUUAUUAUCUGUGACAAAACAAAAAGCAAGAUAUUAUUAUCAUUUACUUUUAAUUCGCUUACUAAUUUUUUAUUUUAUUAUAACAAUUCUUAAAAUAUUAAUAAGAGAGAAACUGUUUUGUGUUCACCUGUGGUGUAUAAAUAUAUAGAAUCCUUUCCUCUCCAAUCCAUCUCCAAAAGGAAAGCAAAUAAGCAAUUACCAGUUAAACCUAAUUUUAUCUUUUUAUUUUGGAAAGAAAAUGACUUCAUGGAAGAAAACAAUCGCAACGCCAUUCAAGAAAGCGGCAACGUUCUUUAACCAACCGCAGCAAACGCCACACAACCGCCACGCAAACGCCAAGGCAAGAGAAGAACACGAGAGACGAUCGGUGAAGGAGCUUCAAGGAGACGUCAUGGCUUGUGGUUAUGAAGAUGUCCUCGUCAUGUGGUCAAUUCUUGACAAGUCAAACUCUUCAAACAAUCUCUCUUCUUGAUUGGAUUUCUCACAACGAAAAAUGAGAAACUCUCAUUCAUCUUUCAGCGUAAUUUACAUUACGUUGAACAGAUGGAAUUCGAAUUUCUCUUCUUCUUCUUCUUUUUUCCUUCAAUGUGUAUAGCUUUGUAUUAGAGCCCGCCAUGUGUCUGUUCUUUCUCCUUAUCUUACAUUACAUUACGUGGUCGUGGCUUUUUUCCCCUCUAAAUUAGAGUUUAGUGAAUUUUUAUCCAAUGAUCAGUUCUGAUUCGGAUGUAAUGAAUCCCUGCAAUGAUCUAAUCCAAGUCAUGGUGCCCA